CGCGCAUCCGUGUGGUGUAGUUGUCCGCCACGGCCCCCCUCGCGUUGCCCUGGCUGGGAGGUAAAGAGGCCGGGAGGGAAUGCUGUAGCAGGCAGGCCGCUGUGAUACCGCCCCACGGGAAUGUGAAUCCCCCCCCCCUAAAGUCGCCGCGUCUGCUUGCCUCAAAAUACGAUUUUACCCGGUUUCUCAUGGAAGCAGAUGGAUUUGUGAGGAGGCGUCGGAUGACAGCGGAGACCGCAGGCAGUGAUCCCGGGGUUGCUGGUGCAUCUGCCGGGGCAGAAGUUCGAUGGCUGGGGGGAAGAUUCUGGGGAGUUUCGGAAAGUAUCGUGGGAAGCCUGACACCCCGCAUCGGAGGGGAAACGGAGCUACAAACUGUCGAUUUCACCCGCAGUGCACAGGAUGCACAAACGGAGGACACUGAGCCGGACUAUGAGGGUUUGCCACAGGGAGCCUCCACCAGCACCCACAUGUUGGCUGGAGCCGUGGCCGGGAUCAUGGAGCAUUGCCUCAUGUUCCCCAUCGACUGUGUCAAGACACGCAUGCAGAGCCUCCAGCCCGACCCCGCCGCCCGCUACAGGAACGUGAUGGAUGCUCUUCGCCGAAUCGUUGCCACGGAGGGAGUCUGGCGACCGAUGAGGGGGCUGAAUGCGACCGCAGUCGGGGCAGGGCCUGCCCAUGCACUCUAUUUUGCCAGCUAUGAGAAACUGAAAAAGACUCUAAGUGAUGUCAUUCACCCAGGGGCUAACAGUCAUUUGGCUAAUGGAACAGCUGGAUGUGCGGCCACACUGCUUCACGACGCGAUCAUGAACCCAACCGAAGUCGUGAAGCAGCGCAUGCAGAUGUACAAUUCGCCGUACCGCGGCGUGUUGGACUGUGUACGCGCCGUGUGGCACAAAGAGGGCGCGGCUGCCUUCUACCGCAGCUACACCACCCAGCUCACCAUGAACGUGCCCUUCCAGGCGCUCCACUUCAUGACCUACGAGUACCUCCAGGAGCUGCUGAACCCCCACAGACAGUACAACCCCUCGUCCCACAUGUUGUCCGGCGCCUUGGCCGGGGCCAUCGCGGCCGCGACCACCACACCUCUGGACGUGUGCAAGACCCUGCUCAACACCCAGGAGUCCCUCGCCCUCCGCUCCCUGUCUUCUGGCCAAGGCCAAGGAGCCCACAGACACAUCUCGGGCCUGGCCCACGCCUUCAGGACGGUUUACAGGCUGGGCGGCCUGAAGGGCUUCUUCAAGGGGGUCCAGGCGAGGAUCAUCUACCAGAUGCCCUCCACGGCCAUCAGCUGGUCCGUCUACGAGUUCUUCAAAUACGGACUCACCAAGCACCAGCACGACAAGAGGAGAACGCCGCACGUGGAGGCUGACAUCUAGAUGUGGCCUCGGUUCAGUCACCUCUGAUAUCGUUCAGUCCCUGAUGUGAGGAGAAGGUGAAGUCAAUAACGCACAUAGAAUCUGACUAAAAGAAUCCUCAGUUGUUCCAUGCUUUUUUUCAGACAUAGGAGAUAAGAAAGGCCUCUUCAAAGAUUGUUUGAGUGGUUUAAUUUCUGCCAAGACAAUUCAAGACGAGGUGUCAUUUGAGUCAGAAACAGUAUUAUAGAAGUAGUCCAUCUUACAAGCUGUUCUGGGGACCACAACGUUUGUCCAAAUGUCAAGAACGUGCAAGUUGGAAAGGUCGUCAGCAGAGGGCGGUAGUGUUGCUUUGUUAACUCUUGUAGACCCAUAAACUUUGCUGUCCUAGAACCAGUUUUCUCCCCCAGCCAAGCCAUGAUUUUGCAAAUAAAAUGUACACUGUCUCCGGAUCAGGACCCCGGUCUUCUCUCAAAAAAAACUUUUUUUAAUAUCUUCCACGCUAUUCUCCCAGUAGUCCAAGGCAAGUUCACUGUGGGCUCCACACAGUUGUUCUGUCUUUUAUGAAAUUUAUCUUUAGAUCCGAUCCAAUUUUCAAGGGUUAAGCCAUUUGGAAUAAAAAGCUGAUUGACGCAGGCUGACAACAUAUUGUUGUUGCACACAUUCAUUCCCCGUCUUGGGUCACGUUCAGAUGCUUCUGUUGAGGUGAAAUGAAACCCAUCCAACCAUGUAAUGGAGAAGACCAACUGUUAUAUCUUGAUCAGUUGAACUGUGUUAUUUAAAAUGCAGUCCAGUAGUAUUUGAGUUAAAUGAUUUACAAAAAAACAUUAUUGACCAGAUUUGGCGUUUCUUUUUUAUUUUGCUAUUAAGUCUUUCAAAUGUCCAAGCUUAUUCCCUAUAAAAUUAUUGGGCAGAAAUUACAAAUAUUAAUUUUCUCUAAUUUAUUAAAUUAAUCAUUUUGAUUCUUUAACCCCCCCCCCCCCCCCCUCACUCCACCUACUCUCCCGUAUGGGUUAAAUCCCCCCUCGGAUCAUCCAAAUAAACACCAUUAAUGCCUUGUGUACAUGUUUGGCAGAGCAAACCGAGGCACCAUUAAAACGGCCAUUUCUGUGCAUUGACUGCAUUAACAUCAGCCCGUUGUCUGCUUUUCAACUACUGACUUUGAAUAUCUGUUCUUGACAGCAAAGGUUGUGUUUAUUCUACUGUGCCCAACAGUAAUUCACUAUACCAAAAGAUAUGUAUCUUUACCCCCAUUGAGUCCAAAUAAAUGGAAGCUGUCAUUCUUGUUGAUUGAUGCCUGUUUCUGACACUGAUUUGCACUCGAUGAAUAAAGACUGAGCGGUGGAUCUCUACUCACUGGUCUUAAAUGAU